AUGGCAGCCAACCUUCUCCGCCGCCCCCAGUCCGCCGCCGCCGUUCCGCCGCCCAUCCCCGGCAACCCCGCCUCCGGCUGGAGGAAAUGGGCAGAAUUGGACAAGUCCUACGUGCAGCGGAUCGCGGAGCACGCGCUCUCCAACGACGUAGCAGACUACGUCCACAUCCGGGCGACCUGCAAUCCAUGGCGGAAGAACACGGAGGAUCCCAAGCUCUCCUCCAUCCUUGACCCGCGCUUCCACCCACGGAAAUGGAUCGUGCUCCCGGCCGACGACCGCGCCGGAGACGACAAUGAAGCCCGGCGCCGCAUGGUCAACAUCUCCAACGGCGCCAAGUACGUCGUCCAACUCCCUUCCAUCUCCGGCCACGCCAUCGCCGCGAGCUCCAGCGGCGCCCCCGGCGGCAUCAUGGUCCUAAUCAACGACUGCACGGCCGCCAUUCGUCUCCUGAACCCGAUCACGGGCCAGACCGCGGAUCUCCCUUCCGUGGAGCCCGUGAUGAGCCGGACCAGGACGGGGCGUCUGGACAGGGGAUUCCAUGAGCUCUGCAAAGUUACCGGGGCCGGGUUUGUCGGAGACCACACUGUGGUGCUCCACUUGGGGCGUGACGACCGCCUCGUGGCCGCCCGGCUCUACGGCGGCCACUGGGAGAUGGUCAGCAGAGGCACCGUGCUGUGCUCGGCCUUCUCCUUGAAUGGCACGGUGUACUUCGCCGACACGGACGGGCUCAUGUUCGUGGACCUCGACAAGCCUUCGAUGCGGAGGCUGCGGCGCGCCGCGGCGUGGCCGGAGAUAGACACGGAGACCGUCGUGCACAUGGCGGACGACGGUGCCGGCCGCCUGCUGGUCAUCAUCAACAGGCUCUACUUCAAAAAAGAAGCACGCCGGGAGGAUGAUAGAUAUUACACGGUGGAGUUCGAGGUGUUCCGGCUGGAUCCCGAAGCCAGGGAGCUCGUGCCGGUGAGGAACAUCGGCAAGCGUGCAUUGUUCGUCGGGAACUACUGCGGCGCGCUGGUCGUGCCGGCGUCGGCGUCGGCUCCGGGUACCAUCGUGCACAACAGUAUCUACUUCCAGCACAAUGGUCACCCUAGGUUCUUUGUGCGGCGUCUGUCGCCCAGGAACAAUAAUAGCCAGGUCAUCGAAGCUCCCAAGGGUAGCUUCCUCGAUGAUAUCACCUCCUAUGUCAAGUGGAGCGGGCGCAAGACCAUGGUGGCGCCGGCAGCCAGCAUCUAUGGUCGAGUCUAG